CACUUCCGGCGGACCCGGAAGCGCCCCUACGGGCCUCUGCGGUUAGGAAGUCGUGAUGGGGCUGCUGUGCUCGGCUCAGACCCUCGCGGACCGUGGGCGCAGGCCCGUUCGGGGCUGCUGACGCCCCGGCGAGCGAGGAGCCGGAGCGGCUGCUGGGACAGUGGGGGGGGGGGGGGCCUGGAAGCGCGCUCCUCUGGUGCUGGCGCCGCCCCGCCUCUAGGAUCCGCCCCGCCCCCGGCCUGGGCGUAGGGACCUGGGUGCGCUCUGCCAGGUUGCCCCGCCGCCCCGCCGCCCCGCUUCGGUGGUCUCGGAAACUGGGAGGAGCGGAUAUGCGGCCUCGGGGACCACAACAUCUGCCAGCGUCAUCGUGACUCUCUCUACCCAGGUUGUCCAAACGCUGACGUGGAACGACCAGUUCUGAAUCCUCAUGGAGAAGUUCGGGAUGAAUUUCGGGGCUGGCCCGAGCAAGAGGGACCUGCUGGAGACCAUUGAGAGCCAGAAGAAGCAGCUCCUCCAGUACCAGGCACGGCUCAAGGAUGUGGUCCGCGCCUAUAAGAGCCUCCUGAAAGAGAAAGAGGCUCUGGAGGCCAGCAUCAAGGUGCUAUCCGUAUCCCACGAGGCGGAUGUGGGCCUCGCAGGUGCCCAGCCUCCAGGCCACACCUCUCCCGACUGCGUGGAUGACCGGUGCUCCACUCACAGCGAGGACAGCACUGGGACCGCCACCAGCUUGGACACCACGGCCAGUCUCACUAGCACCAAGGGUGAGCUUGGGGCAGAAGAUGACAGGCUGGCCCGUGGGCCACCACCUCUCAAGUCUGAAGAGGCUAGUGGGUCCGAGAGUGGUGUUAGCACUAGCAGCGGGGACGGACAGCCGGCGGGCGGGGAGGUGGACAAACGAUUGCACCAGUUGAAGACUCAGUUGGCCACUCUGACGAGCUCUUUGGCCACAGUCACCCAGGAAAAGUCCCGCAUGGAAGCUUCUUACCUGGCUGACAAGAAGAAGAUGAAACAGGACUUGGAGGAUGCCAGUAAAAAGGCAGAGGAGGAGCGGGAGCGCCUGGAGGGAGAAUUGAAGGAGCUGCAGGAGCAGAUAGCAGAAACCAAAGCCAGACUCAUCACGCAGCAGCACGAUCGGGCCCAGGAGCAGAGCGACCAUGCCGUGAUGCUGCGGGAGCUCCAGAAACUGCUGCAGGAAGAGAGGACCCAGCGCCAAGACUUGGAGCUCCGGUUGGAAGAGACCCGAGAAGCCCUGGCCGGGCGGGCACACGCCGCUGGUCAGAUGGAAGGGUUUGAACUGCAGGCUAAGCAGCUGACCCGCGAGGUGGAGGACCUCAAAGCUGAGCUGCAGGCGCUUCGAGCUGAGAAGAGUCGGCCAGACCCCCGGCUGCAGAAGCUUCAGGAAGAGGCCGCCUGCCUCAAGAGCCAUUUCCAGGCCCAAUUGCAGCAGGAAAUGAGGAAGACAGCCCUUGCAGAGGAUCAACUCCGCCAGCAAUCUCAGCUGGAAGAGAAGAGGGUGGCAGCCCUGGAGAACCAAAUAUCCGAGGUGUCGGAGCUGCUGGGCACCUAUGAGAAAGCCAAGCAGAAGGACCAGCUGGCCAUCCAGAAGCUGAAGGAGCGCAUUCUGCAGCUGGACCUGGAGAACAAGACGCUGGCUCUCGCAGUCUCUAGCCGGUCCCCUCUAGACAGCCAUGCAGAAGAGUCCAGUCUGGAUGUCAAUGUCCUGAAGGACAAGAUGGAGAAGCUGAAGAGGCUGCUGCAGGUGGCAGCCAGGAAAAGCCAGGUGACCUUGGAUGUGGAGAAGCUCUGCCACCUGGAGAUAAUGCCCAGCUCCGAGGCUGCGGACGGGGAGAAGGCUACUGCGCUCUACUACCAGCAGGAGCUGAAACAGCUGAAGGAGGAGUUUGAGAGGUACAAGAUGAGGGCCCAGGUCGUCCUCAAGAGCAAGAACACCAAAGACGGCAACCUGGCCAAGGAGCUGGAGGAAUCCCAGGAGCAGCUCGCGGAGCUGAAGGAGAAGUACAUCUCGCUGCGGCUGUCCUGCGAGGAGCUCGAGCGCCAGCACCAGCAGGAGGCCGAGGACUGGAAGCAGGAGCUGGCCCGGCUGCAGCAUCAGCACCGGCAGGAGCUGGAGCGGAGCCAGCUGGACUUCAGGGACCGCACGCUGAAGCUGGAGGAGGAGCUGCACAAGCAGCGGGACCGGGCCCUGGCGGUGCUGGCCGAGAAGGACCUGGAGCUGGAGCAGCUGAGGUCGGUGGCGUUGUCUUCUGUGCUGCCGGGACGGAGAAGCCCUGUGGGUGGUGGGGAUCCCGGGGACCCCGCUGAUGUAGCUUCCCCUGAUAACCUGACCCAAGCACUUCAGCUUGCUGCGGCCAACGAGCCCACGUUCUUCCUGUACGCCGAGCAGUUGGCCCGCAAGGAGGUGGAGAUCACAUUCCUGAGGAAGCAGAAACACAGGCUGGAGGCGGAGGUGCAUCAGCUGCAGGAGCGGCUGCUGGAGGAGGGGGAGCGGCACCGAGAGGAGGUUGGGGUUCUCCAGAGCCACAUUGAGAAGAACACCAGGGACCAGAGUCGGGAGGGAGCCAAUCUGGAGUACCUCAAAAACAUCAUUUACCGCUUCCUGACCUUGCCGGACAGCCUGGGCCGCCAGCAGACGCUCACGGCCAUCCUGACGAUCUUGCAUUUCAGUCCAGAGGAGAAACAAGUGAUAAUGCACCUCCCACCCAGUGGUAGCUGGUGGCCUUCUGGCAAGAGAUGAUGUCAUGUCCACUAACUCCUGAAAUUUCCGUGCCUCGUACGUGGGAAGAGACGGACUCCGGUUUCUACUGCCGCUUCUCUUACCUUAUCGUUUUCUUCGGUGUUGAACUGGAAGGAGUCUUCAGAGUGGGGUGGGACAUUCUGCCAAAUGCCAUUAAUGCUGCUUUAUCCACAGGCCCUAGAGAUCCUGGAAGUGUUGGGACAACAUUUGGUGGUGGUGGUGGAUGGUGGUGUGUGUGAGGAGGAGAGGUUAAUAUUGAGGGGUGCAAAAGUUGGGGAUGUGGUAGGAAAAUAUUUGAAAAUAAGACUUUUUAUUUUUUAUUAUUUUCAAAUAUUUUCAAAUUAUUUUUUGGCACAGAGCUAGGAGUAAAUGUGUUUCCAAAGGGAGUUCAGGCAGUUUCUAAACACUCACAGGACCAGCUGUUUUCUCUAACAUCACCUGAAUCUGGCCCACCGCUGCCCCAAUUAUCUGGGGAUAUAAAUCCAGGCUGGAGAGGGGCCGUGAAGUUUGAAAUAGUGACAGGUUGUCCACUAGUCCAGAGGGCCACGGAAUAGUGAGUUCAUCCUGGAACUGGGAAGCUUGGUCUAGUUAGGACUGGGUACAACCUAAUCAGUCUGCACAAAACACACUUUGACCACCCUAGAGAAAAUCCUGAGCACCAGUUUGAUCUUAGGGAUUUCCUGAGUGACCUGCUUGUGGCCUGGAUAGGAUUAUAAUAGACCUUUCACACUUGUCCCUCCCUUAACCAGCCUGCCUAUGGUUGACCUGCGAUUUGUAAGUAAAUGGCUGCUACCUUUUCUUCAAUGUUGAACUUGCAUUAAGAAAAAAAUCUGCCCAGCCAGUCUGGCUCAGUGGUUGAGCUUGGAGCCAGGAGGUCUCAGUUCAAUUCCUGGCGAGGGCACUUGAUUGGAUUUUGGGCUCAAUCUCCAGUA